AGCUGUCCCUGUCCCCUCUGCAGGUAAACCACAGUGGCCACUACAGCUGCAGGGGCUGGUUGGACUCCCAGCUGUCAUUGUGGGCACAGUCGGUGCUGGUGACAGUGACAGUGCAGAGUGAGCACACCAGGGCAUCCCAGUGUGGAGGGACCCCUGUGUUGGAAUUAGGGACCACUGGUGCGCUGGGUGUGACCCAAUGGGGGGAUCCCGGUGAAAACAGGACACCCGGUGUGACCGAACCCCCUUGUCCCGCAGCCUGGUUGGUGCUGCAGGUGCCGGUGGGGCUGUGCUGGAGGGGGACACGGUGACACUGUCCUGACGGGGCUGGCAGGAUGUGUGGGUCACCGAGGUGCGAUUCUUCCAUGGGGACAAGGAGGUGGGGAGGCCUCCCUAUGGGACCAAGCUGUCCGUGUCCCUACUGCAGCUGCACCACAGCGGCCCCUACCACUGCGAUGGCUGAGUGCACUCUGAAGUGUCACUGUGGGCACAGUCAGCGCCAGUGACAGUGACAGUGCACAUGCCCGUGGCCAAUGCCACCAUCACCCCCGGUGCCCUGUCACACCCGGUGCGUGCAGGUGACAACGUGACCCUGCGCUGCUCGGUGCAGGUGGGCUCAGCCCCUGUCACCUUCACCUGGCUGCACAACGGGCAGGAGGUGGCCCGGGGUCCCCUCCUGGAGCUCAGGGAUGUCAACGUGGGACAUUCGGGCACCUACCAGUGCGUGGCCACCAACCAGCUGGGACAGGACGGGCACCGCGUGUUCCGGGCACCCAGCCCAGAGCUGGCCCUGGAGGUGACACCCCACUCACCCUGGGUCACAGGUGGGAUCACACAUGGUUGCCAGGGUGUUCCGGACCCCUGGGGUUCAGGGUGACCCUGAUGUGUCCCCCUCUGUUUCUUGCAGGGGCGCAGGGGUCGGUGGGGCCCUUUUGUUCCUGCUCCUGCUCGUGGGUGUCAUUGUGGCCUGCCACCGGUGGCGCCGUGUGGGUGGGUGACAAUGGGGGGACAGGGGUCGUGGAGAGAGGUGGGAAGGCCCCCAGAGAAGGGGGGCCAUAGGGCAGCACCCACAGCCCCUGACUUGGGAGGCACUGAGCCCGCAGUGCCCAUGGCUCCGAGCCCUGGGGAGGGGUUGGAGGGUCCUGCAGGGAUGUUGGGGGUUCUGUCAGGGGUCCCCCUCCCUGCCAGGCUCUGGCUUCUGGGGGCUCAGGGUGUUGGUGCUAGUGGGGUGGUUCAGGGAUACUGAGGGGGCAUCAGGGAUACUGGGGGGCCUGGGGAGAAUU